AUGGCUGAUCCAGCAACGCCCGAGACCGGCAAAGCAGCACGAACCAAGGGCGACAGAGAAACGCUGCUCGCGAAACUCACCGACGGAAACUGCAGCCUUGAUUAUCCUGACCCGUUAACACUUGUUUCUGUCACUACAAAACCAGCCGCUAUUGUCUCAUCUGAAACGGAGGACAAAUGGCACAGUCUGCUCUCUGCUGCUAGAGAGAACUCAUGA